AGAAACGACACCACCUGUCCAAGCAUUCAUCGUCCAAGCAUUCAUCUGCCAUCAUUGCUCUGGAUUCAGGUCAGCUAAGCCGCCAUCUUCUUCGUCCUUUAAAACCCUAUCCGUACUACCUGCUUGAGUCGCCAUCUCUAGCACCAGCCUUUGCUCUGGCAGGGUUCGCUUCGGUUCUCCUUGCUGCUGGCUGAAAUCGGGAGGUGGCUGUCAUCGUCUCAUCUGUUUUGAUUCGAUUUUGCACGCUACACGCUGGGGCAGCUGGACCUGCUUGCCUAGGCAAUCUACAAACGAAAAGAAAAUUGCUUGCUUUGCACGUGUACGAUUUUGAGUAUGGAUAGCACCGAGAAUUCUUUGAGGGAUCCUGGUAGUCAUUCAGUCCCACGCAGACGUGGACGGCCCCGCCGUCAAUCACAGCCUAUUGUUAUCCCCAAGACAAAUCAAUCUGAUUCGUCCAAUUCCCGGCGCCGGUGUGCACAGCUUAGGAAUAGAACAAGUACAUCUACGGAAGAACGUUUGGUAUGUCAGCGGUUAAAUGAGGAAUCAUGUACAACAAUUUUGCAAACACCAAGUUUCACCCACAAUCGAACUAUAUUUGAACCCUUAAACCUUGGGGAACCCAAUCAUUCAUGCAAACAUUGUGCCGCUUCCUUUUGGUAUGAAGAGCAUAUCCGAAGACACAGGAAUACUCCUGAUCCAAUAUAUAACCUAUGUUGUAGAGGAGGGAAAAUCUAUUUGGAACCGUACAAGUCUCCUCCUCAGCCAAUGUUGGAUUUAUUGACCUCACAGAACAACACAAUUUCAAAGCACUUUUUUGAUCAUAUUCGUCAAUAUAAUACCAUGUUUGCAAUGACUUCAAUGGGUGCUAAAGUUCUGGAAUCCAUCAAUGAUGGCCGAGCACCAUAUGUCUUCAAGGUUAGUGGUCUAGUGUGUCACCGUAUUGGUUCUUUAGUGCCACCGCGUCAAGGUCAUCGACCAGAAUAUGCACAAUUGUACAUCUAUGAUACAGAACAUGAGGUUCGAAACCGCAUAAAUAUAACUUACUCUGUUGACCCUUCAUCUUCACGGCCUUCAUCUUCACGUCAUUCCUUCAAUGCUAAUGAAGAUAUUUUCCAAUCUCUUAUAUCAAUGUUGAACACCCAUAAUCCCAUUGUGAAGCUAUUUAGAACAGCACGUGAAAGAUUAUCUGCAAAUGCUCUGGAUCAGUUCAUCAUCAGGAUAUUUGGCACAGUUGAUGCGCAUGGAGAUAUCUAUAGUGCUCCAGUCACAUCUGAGGUAGUUGGUUUGGUUGUCGGUGAUAUUGGAUCAACUGAUGUUGGGCGGGAUAUUAUAAUAGAUAAUCGCUCAUCAGGUUUACAACAGAUCAAUGAAAAACAUUGCAAGUUUAUGGCGAUGCAGUACCCUUUGUUAUUUCCAUAUGGAGAGAACGGUUACCAUGAAGACCUCACAUACCGUACCACAUCACAAGAUCAGUCAGAGCAACAUGGGAAAAUAACUAUGCUAGAGUAUUAUGCGUAUCGGUUACAUGACAGACCAGGUGAUUUCAACACACCAUUAAGAGGUAGAAAAUUAACACAAGCUUAUGAAGUUGAUGGUUUCUGUUGUGUUGAAGAGUACCGCAUUGCAUACUAUCGCAAGCCCAGUUUUCAGAAAAAAUUAUAGAUCAUCACCAUACAAUGCCUUGGCAAAUUCUGUCUCAAGAAUUAUACAUCUGGCUCUUCGGUUGGUCAAAGAAUUAUAUUACCAUCUUCAUUUACUGGAGGGACUCGCUAUAUGUACCAAAAUUAUCAAGAUUCAAUUGCUGUUUGUAGAAAAUAUGGGUGCCCAGAUCUGUUUGUCACAUUCACUUCUAAUGCCGGCUGGCCUGAGAUAUUAGAGACUCUAUCAUCCAUUCCAGGGCAACAACCUUCUGAUCGUCCAGAUAUUGUGAAUAGAGUGUUCAAAAUGAAGCUUAAUAUGCUAAUGGAUGAUAUUAAAAAGAAAAAAUUCUUCAGACCCAUAAAUGCAGUCCUAUACACAAUUGAAUUUCAGAAACGUGGUCUCCCGCAUGUCCAUAUCAUCAUAUGGUUAGCCAAAGAUGGACCCCUUGAUGCACAAAAGAUAGAUUUCCAUAUUUCGGCUCAGCUGCCAGACCCUAGAAAUGAUCCGAUGGGAUACAAUGCUGUAUCUUCAUUAAUGAUACAUGGACCUUGUGGAAAUCUGAACCCUAGCUGCCCCUGUAUGUCUGAAGGAAAGUGCACAAAAUUUUAUCCUAAGGAUUUCUGUGAGCAAACCACUGUAUUGGAAAAUGGUUUCACACAAUAGGCUUGGCCAAACAAUGGAGUAACCGUCAGUAAAAAUGGAGUUGAUAUUGAUAAUAGAUUUGUUGUUCCUCACAAUGUCAACUUGGUAGUGAAAUAUCAAGCUCACAUAAAUAUAGAAAAGGUUAAUCAUGAUGGCAUGUACAAAUAUCUUUUCAAGUAUGUAAACAAAGGUUUUGAUUGUGCAAGAUCUAAAAUCCAGCCUACUUCUGCAUCGUCUGAUCCAUCGGGGCAAACUUUUAAUGAAAUUGACAACUAUCUAGAAUGCCGCUAUGUGACACCGAAUGAGGCUGCUUGGCGCUUGCUAGAAUUUGAUAGUCACUAUACAGACCCUUCUGUAGAAAGGCUUCCUGUUCAUCUUCCUCUUGAGAAUAAUGUUAUUUACUCAGAAGAUGAUAACCUUGAACAAGUGAUUCAGAACCCAAAGAAUAUGACAACUAAGUUGACUGGAUGGUUAGAAGCUAAUAUGAAUCACCCUCUGGCUAAACAAUAUACCUACUUAGAAUUUCCAGAAUAUUUUACAUAGCACUCCAACCAAAAUGGCAAGUAUUGGGAUUAUCAUCGUGGUUCUCGAAGAAUUGGCAGAAUUGCUUAUGUCAACCCUUCCCAAGGAGAACUUCACUAUCUAUGUUUGCUGCUCCACAUUGUCAAAGGAGCAACAUCCUUUGCUCAAAUCAAAAUUGUAUCUGGCCAUCUACAUCCUACGUUUCGUGCUGCAUGUGAGGCUCUAGGUCUCCUUGGUGAUGACCAAGAAUGGUUGAAUGCUUUAAAUGAUGCGGCUCAAUGGGCCAUGCCAUAUCAGUUACGUCAGCUAUUUGUCACAAUUUUGCUCCUUUGUGAGGUAACAAAUCAUAGAAAACUUUUAGAUGAAUACGCAUCAAAAAUGUCUGAAGAUGCAGCACAUUGCUUGAAUCGCAACCCUGGUCAAAUGAGCAACCUAUUAGCAGAUGUGUAUAUUUCAUCUUUUCUUCUGAAUGAAUUGGAUAAGUUGCUAAAAGAUGCAAGAUAUUGCUUAUCCCAUUUUAAUUUGCCACUGCCAGAUGAUAUUGGGAGUAUUUCUGCAGAAAAUAGGCUUAUGCUAGAUGAGCUCAGUUAUGAUAUAUCUGAUAUGACUGAAAGUUUAGAUGAAAAUAUUACGAGGCUGAACAGCAACAAGAAAAAUGUUUUCGAUGCUAUUUAUAAUUCUGCAAUGAAUGAUGACGGUCGAACAUUUUUUGUUUAUGGCUAUGGAGGGACCGGGAAAACUUUCUUAUGGACUACUUUGCUUAAUUCUGUAAGAAGACAAGGGAAAAUUGCAUUGGCAGUCGCAUCAUCGGGAAUAGCUUCCCUGCUGCUACCAGGGGGUCGAACUUCCCAUUCGCGUUUUAAAAUUCCAUUGGACAUCUCUCAGAAUUCCAUGUGUAGUAUAAAGAAGAAUACAAACUUGGCAGAAUUUAUUCAGAAAACUUCUCUUAUUAUUUGGAAUGAGGCACCUGUUAACCAUAGGUAUUGUUUUGAGGCAUUGGAUCGUACACUUAGAGAUAUAUUAUCGAAGAGAAGGCAAAAUGCAGAUAGCAAGCAAUUUGGAGGAAUGGACUCCACUACAACACUUAAAAGUAUCACUCUGGGUCAACAAAGUUGCAAGGUCUUUGGACGUCUCCUACGGAUAUGGGAUGCUGUAAACAUGAAAUCCAAGUUUCCAGAUCCUCUCAUCAGCAUUGACGGUGUCAUUUUAGAUGAAGAUGGCACUAUGGCGCAGAUCAAUGUUUCAAAAAAGUUUCAAACAAAAUGCCGCCUGUUUCUUGCAGAAGGAUAUAUGUCUACAUCUUUACUGAUGUUGCAGCUGUUGAUAGGAAAAACAAAAGCUAUAUAUAUCACCAUCAGAAUUAUAUGCUACAAUUCAAGCACAGCACCAAGGUUCACCGACUUGAAUCUAGGGGAACAGAUAUACCAAAAUUUUCAUUCAAAUUUUGUCCAUUCGAUAAGCUGCCAGAAAUGAAUACUUUGGCAAAACCUCUGCAAGAUGUGUUGGGUGUCAUUAGCCACGUGGGACCAUUUGAUUAUGCAAGCCCGACAUCAUCAAAUAAACUGAGGAUAAUCAAAAUCAGAAACCUAGAUGAACAAACGCAGGAAAUACGUCUUUGGGGCCACCAUGGUGAAACAUUUGAUGAACAAACGGUGUUUAGAAAAGCACAAGAAGGCAUUGUAGUUGGGAUUUUUGCUGGGGUCACUGCAUCGGAUUUUUUAGGUACAAGCUACCUAUUACACUUGCAGAUGAUUCAGGAAAUUUGGGGGCAAAUUGCUUUCUCUACUAUUGCUGCAGAAUUGGUUGGGCAAGAUGCCAUCCAAGUUUCUCAAAAUAUGAAAAUAGAUGCUGCUCAACAUGUGGCCACCCUUGAUAAUGCCAUUGGUAAAACCAAAUUAUUCCAUAUAGGAAUGAAGGUUGAUUCAACAUCCAGGUUUCCCAUAAGCUAUGUCAUAAGAAAGAGCUUCUCGGCUGACAAUGGACAAAUGCUGCCCUCCACAGAGUCAUCUUCAAGCAAGGAACUAAUUACCACUCCAUCUUCAUCCAUGAGUACCCAGAGUCCAAUUGUCUAUGCACAAGAUGAAUCAUACACCUCCCGGUCCCCAACUUGCAGCUACUGACACCGACAAAGACAAUCUCAUCAAGUCUGCAGCAAAACGAAGCAUUCAGUUUACGGAACAUGAUCUGAUGAACAAAGGAAGUGAAAAUGAGGUGGAGCUUACAGAUGGAACAAAGGAACUUCAGGAUGUCAAACGGAAUAAGCAUGAGACAUAAUGAACCAUGUAGGAAGCAACGUCGGAAGUCACAGCUGCACUGCCUUCUACCUAAAAUUAGUUAUAGUGUUGCUUGAGUCAAAAUUAUAGGUCACCAUUGACCACCUUUAAUUGUAAUCAAUCAGACCUCUUAUUAAUACUGUUUGAUGUUGGUCCAAUGCAUGUAUAUGCAUCUAUCAGAGUGAAUAAAACAUCUGCCCUUUCUUCUCAGCUUUGCCAA